AAGAUCGAAGGAACAGCGUCAAAAGGUACGUAGCGAUUGUCGCUUGUGAGCUAUUUAUUUUUACCUUAUUUUAGCUGUACCGCUCCCCUGUUAGUAUUUUUACGGUUCGUGAACAGUUUUUCAGCUUUUUUUUUGCAUUAGGAGAGCACCCUCUUCAGAGAUCUCAUUCGUCCUUCCGAAUGAUAUACGCAAUGUCAAUUUCCGUUGUUCCCUUUGACAAUCAGACACUUUACUGUGUUCAUGUAGUUCUUGGUAGAAUAGCUAUGAAUAACUUACAAAGUUCUUAUAACGGUGGAGGUUUUGUAGAAGUAUUCCGUGCUUAUAGUUUCGGGUGUACCGUGUUUUGAAGUGUCGAGUUGUGUUCCGUGGUUCAGUGUGCAAGAAAUGUCAUUGACAAAACUGUAACACCUAUGUACUUCCACACAUCACCAUGCACAGCUGGAUAGUAUUCUGAAGGAAACAACAAACUUUAACCUUCUAGAAAGGAAAUCCUGAAAUUAGAUUUGGAUUUGGUCAAUGUUAACAAAAGUCAUGUUACCUCUGCUUUUGCAAGGAGUGAAUGGCAGCUUUAGUAGUUGUAGUGAGAACAACGCCCUAAGAAUUUGUCAUCCACCAGACUUGAUCUCCUUCAACAAUGCUGGUAUUACUAAAAUCCUGCAGAAUUUAAAUCCCCAAAAAGCUGUGGUCCUGAUGCAAUUCUUUCCUAGUCCCUGUACGGCGUUUCAAUCCCAGGGGUGCUUACCAUUUGACAGAAAAAUCCGGUUGGGGUGUCGAAAGCAUAAUGGUAAGCGAUUUGCCAGUUUACCGUAAAAAUAUCACAUCCGUUACGCUUUGAAUCCAAAAAAAGGGGCGAAUUUGUGUAGCGUGAGUCUGGAACCGAGAAACUGGUUAAUGGUAAGCAACAUUCCGUUUGGUUCGUACCAACCGGAAUGAAAGGACUACCUCAAAACAUAAGUGACCUUACCAUUUACCUUCUAUCCGGGAUUUCCGAAAUUUUCUGUCAAAUGGUAAGCACCCCAGGCCUUCCGGUCAAUUCACUUCGGUGAUGUAUCCAAGAUGAAAGGGCGGCAAACUUCUUCUUCACCUCUUUGCUUGGACCACGUGACCUAAAAUGAAUUGGCUGUGCAAAAUUAUGAGGCUAUCGGGACUAGGCAAAUGCAUAUUCCUUGCUAAAACUGUACGUUCGUAAAGAAGCAUCAACUCAGAUUUGCUCCUUAUCUCUCACACAUAUAUUUUCUUUUAAGUCUACAAUCUGUUAAGCUACCAGCUGACUGGCUAAAUGGCCAAGAGUUGCUAAAUUACGAAUUCUAACAAUAUAUUAACUUGAUAUUAAAUACAUGUACCAUAAUUAUUUUCUUGAUGAUAAGUCAGUGUAAAAUGUAAUUUCCGUAUUUUUCAAGCUUUUCAGAAUAGGGAGAUGCCAUCUAAACAAGCUGGGACUAUGUCUGCCCUAGAAACAGAUAAUGGUGUUGUAAACCUUUCAAGUGAGUACCAUACUGUAAUACUAACCUCUUACUAAUUGAAUUUGAGGUCAGUACUGUAGGUUACAGAUCAACCUUUUCCAGCCCAAUUUAUGGCUCAAGCACAAAGCACACAGGCCACAAAUCUUGGAAGAACAAGCAAGGUUAUUAUAGUCCAAGACAGUCUGAAAGGAAUAGCGUUAUAAAUUAAUUAACAGUUAAUGAAUGAGGCUGAGUAUCUUAUGAAGAAUUAUGGAGAUAGAGGAGGGUGUUAUCCUUCAAGGCCGUAGGCCAAGGCGGAUAACACCCUCUGAGAUCUCCAUAAUUCUUCAUAUGAUACAAAAGCCGAAUUCAAUAAUUGUUUUAUCAUUCAUUCAAAAUCAUUCCUAGUUUAAAAACAUAGCUAAAACAUGCUUACCUCCGUCAACGUUAAGUUCAUCUUCGAUGGUGCACAUUUAAGGUUGUUCAGCUCCGCAAAUAUUCUCCAAAUAGCAGAUGGCGGCCUUUGAGUUGUCUUCUUGCUGUUCUUGCCAUGUUUUUAGCUAUUAUUUGCCUAGUUCUUACUCUUGAAGCAAGUAAAAUCUCCGCCAUUUUUGUUUUCACAGCCAAAACAACUCAACCUCUUCCCCAGGUCUCGGUUAAUGGUGCAUUAACCUGCAAGGAAGCUGCACUUUUGACAUCGUUGGUUGAUUAAUCGCAAAAUUCUUCCAAAUUUGGUCAUCAGUAGCUGGUUAUUGUGAAUUAUGCAUGUGCUUUUAGGAUCAGGGAAAUAUUUUGAAUGAAUGAUAAUGAACGUUAUAAAUUGUCAAAAAUUGCAAUUGAAACAAGUUUUGCAAUUUACAGUCUGUACAGUAAAAUACUGACUAAACAUACAUGCAGCCACUGUAGUGUGAGUACCAGCUGCGAGAGUUAAACAUAGUAAUCUUUAUUGUUUUAUUGUCUCCUAAUUUUUUGAAGUCAUUCUGCUGCAAGUUCAUUUAAUGAGUUACUCCAGAAAAUAUUCAUGGACCUACAUGUAUGUACUAUAAAAGGGAGCACCUCUUGUUUCAGAUCGUGGUUUGAAGAAGAUAGAGCGUUUAUCCAAAGGCAUUUCACCUUGUACUCUUCUGUUAAGUAACAAUGAAAUCUCAAAGGUGGAGAAUUUACAAUACUUCGCACAUUUGCAACAGGUACUUGAAUAGAGUUAUGUUUAUAAAUAAAGUUUACCAAUUACUUUAUCUUACCAAUUCUUCAACGACCUGCUCCCAGUUGGCUUGUUAGCUUAAUUGGUAGAGCGCUGCACUGCUAUCGCAGAGGUCAAGAGUUCGAAUCCCGUACAAGCCUGAACUUUUUUUCAGGCUUUCUUUUAGCAACAGCAUAAGUUGUGUAUACAACUGCGAUGAUCUUCCUUCAAAUAAUUCUUCACUCUGCAUUUCACAUAUACGUGUAUGAUUUUCAUAUAUUCAUAAUUUCGUGAUCAGCAUUUUGUUAUAAAGAACAAUUGGUGCUUUGGUCAGUUUUUAAAAUGAUUAAUUAAGUUUAACUUGCAAGCCAAUUAGAAUAGGACUGCACAAGUGUUUAAUUUGAUAGGGAUUUAACUCUGCUUUUUUUGGUUAGCUGUCAUUAGCUGGAAACCACAUUGUUGAUAUGAGAGGUAUUAGUGCAGCCCAAGGAUUGCGAGUUCUGGAUCUCAGUAACAAUAGCAUUAUAUGCAUUGAAGGUAUAUUGUUUUCGUGGAGUGCAAUGAAUGAUUUUCCAGUAAUCGAAGACCCAGUUAUGUGCACAGGAUUCUGGGAUCAGCAGGGGGCAAACAUUGCAAGUCGCUUAAAAGAAUUGUACAGCUUAAAGUUUUUUUCUCCAUUAAAAGCGAUCCUUUACCUUACACAAGAAGGAGAGCUUAUCGAUAGAAUGUAUCGCAUUAAUCACACAGAAACUUACAAUCUCAGCGCAGCAACAUUAGUCACAUUUGCUUUGCAUAAAAUUAUGACAAAAAUGCAGUAUUCUUUCUCUAGUUACUGGAAAAUCGUUCAUUUGUUUGGAGGAAUCAAAGACUGAUUGUGAUCUAAUCUUAAUUCAAGUCCUAACAAAUUAAAGUUGUCCGCAAAAUCUGAAAAUUAUUUUCCACGCAUGUCUUCCUGAUGGACUGAUUAAACUUUAAAAUGUAGACUGUUUACAUGAAUGUGAUGCUUGUUUGUUUUGGUGGUACCUCUCACAGGACACAAGGGCAAUAUUGUAACCUCCAUUUGCAACUUGCAAGGAAAUACUUAGGCUUUCUAAAAAACAUUGGUUGAUAAAGGCAUUUAUAUAUUUUUUUUGAAAUUAUUGUCAAAUUACAUUGUAACAAAUGGUAGUAUAUAGCAAGUAAUUUGGUUUGUUUUUGGUUUGAAGGUAUAAGGUCACUGAGGUAUCUGGAAUGGCUCAACCUUUCUGGUAACAGUAUUGAGGUAAACUGCAAUUUUAGUGGUCUGUAUUUUUAUUAUAUCAAUUUUAGUUUAUAUUUUACUUUUUCCUUACUUUAUUUUGCAGGAAAUUGAAAAUCUUGAUGAGAAUACUAACUUGACUCAUCUGGAUUUGUCAGACAAUAGGUAAUUAAUUAUAUUAUCUAAACUGGAAAUGGCAUCCUCCUUUUUAAGAGGUUGUGUCAUGGUGUACAGUGGAGGUGAAAAGAACUUGGGACACUGUGAAAAACCUCUUACAAGUCAUUGUUACAAUAAAUUAAUGACAGUUUUUUAUUGCCCUUGGUUUCAUCCCUUCAUCUCCUGCUCCAAAAAAGGACUCAUUUCUACCCAUUUUGCUAAAAGAAUCAGCAUUGUUUGAGGUGAGAGGGACCUUACAGGAAAAUAUUCAAUUCAAAGGGGACAGAAAGCGAAUUGUUGUUGCCCAAAAUACUGUUCAUCAGUAGCAUGCCUGAAAUGUGUGCAAUUCCACAAUUGGUUUCGGCUGCAUUAAAUCCUCUGUUAUCUUAUUGUCUUCUUGUAGUAUUGCUGUUAUCUCUGGCUUGAGAACCCUCAUGAAAUUAAAGGUAUGUACGUUUUUCCUUUUCAGAAGGACCUUAGUAUGUUAUCAUUGCAUCAAGCUAAGUUAAGUGAAAAUUGUAAAUGGCUGUUAUGACAACAAAAAAGAUUAAGACACAAAGCCAAGCUCCACAAAAAAGGGCAAACCUGCACUGCUGCAUGUGGUUUGAUUAUCUCAGCAUGCUCCUCCUGAUGCCAAAUAAAAUAUUAUCUAUUGUCCUGUCCUUGCAUUUCCAACUCCUGCCCCAUUUUUCAUUGCUUCCUCACUUAAGCACCUUUUCAAUUGCAAAAUAUUAAGCAUUUUGUGGUUUUCCCUUACUUCUCCUCUCUCCAUAUAUCUCCCCUAUACUUGCAGGCUCCUACCCCCCCUCCCCCCAUCCUCCCUCACUGACCCGCCUAGCAACCAGUGUUUCAUUGCAGUUAAGUGAUUUAAUCACAGACCUCUUUGUUGCAAAUUCUUUGAGUUAGCUUUUUUGUGCUUGUUUUUCUCUCAUGUCAACAGACUCUUUUGCUUCAUGGAAAUCUGAUAUCCUCCCUGGCAGUCAUUAAAGAACACUUACCAAGCACUGUCUGCACCUUGUCACUGGCAGAUAAUGAGAUAUCAGACCUUAAUGAGGUACAUAUGAGGGUAUUUUAGUUAUUUUACAGGUAGCUUGUGCAAUGACAGAAGACACUUUUUUCUUCUAAUAAUAACUAUGCUAAUACAGUUUGUAGGACUCUUUUUGGUAAUAAAAUGCUAGCAACAUCCUUAGGCCAAGUUGUUGGAAAGAAUAUCACAACAACUUUGUAUAGUUCAGUGGUGGAUUCAGUCCUUCAGAUUAGGCGGGGGGGGUCAUAAAGGCCCUGAGAGAGGAGGGGGGGGGGGGCAGUCUCAAAAAUUUUUGGGGGUUUUUCAGGCCUCAGUUUGGCCUAAAAAUAAGCGCCUGGAUCUGCCACUGUAGUUAACCUGAUUGGUACUGACUGUGCAUGAAAUAACUUGUCUCAGAUGUCGAAACAAGAGAAAAAAAAAUUGCAAAAUAAGAAGGCUGUUAAAUAUAAAAGAAAAGGUUGUGCAGUGUUUAGAGGGGCUACACCACCCCCCCAACCUGUAAGGUGAUUAUUUUUUUCAAUAAUCAUGUUCAGAUACCGGCAAUUUCUCAGUGAGUAUUCUGUUCUUGAACACCCCUUUUUUUAUCAGUGGAAUGCUGAAUAUCAGCAGUUUUUAAUUUUUUUUUAUUGUAGACGAUGUACCUGUCGUGUCUAGCCAAUCUGCAGCAGCUUUCACUUGUGAAUAAUCCAUGUGUGCUUCCCAGUAAUGCGUGGAGACUGUAUCUUUUGCACGCUAAUUCAGUCAAUGAAAUAAUAUAUCAAUCAGUCAAUGUAUUCUUGAUUAAUGUUUGUAUGUCAUUCACAAACUCAUUAAUAAUUCUUAAGCCCAUUGACCUAUUAAAUGGUCGAUAAUACAUCACGUGCAGUGACAUUACAAAAUGUAUAUCGAUAAAACCUCCCCUUAGUAGUAUGCGGUGUUUUAUCAGAUAUAAUGGAAAGAUUAGAGACCUUUAGCAUCAGGUUUUUGACUGGAAUCCGCAAACUGUUUGCAGUUACACGUUUGCAGUUUCACCUUGCCAGGAUUUCAAACUUAAGUAAGGCGUUUAAGUGGCAAAAAAACUUGCCAUUAGUUACUUACCGCUAGAAGCCCUUCCUGCCGUGUAAACGUGAACUGCAAAAGGUUUGCAGUUUCUCAUGAAAAACCUGAUGCUAAAGGUCUCUACAUGUAUUCAGCAUCGCGUUUACGGCAAACGGCAAACAUGAAUUUGUACCACGUAACCAAGUUUCCCCUUCAAUUGUCGUUCAGCAUUCAUUCUAACAAAAACUUCACAAAAAUCGGUAGAUUCACGCCAAUUCUAUUCGCAAGAAUUGUUUUAAGCUGCUUUUAUGUGCUCAUUAAAAUUAACUCUUUCUAAGCUAAAUUAAGUGCUUUUUAAAUCGACAGGAAUUGUAAAUAGUGUUUUGAAUGAAUAGUUUUUUCUUUUUUUCAAGCAAAUUAAUUGUAAAUAGGAUUAUUAUUAUUAUUUUUAUUAUUAUUAUUAUUAUUUAUAUGCGCGCUUCUUAUUUUCGCUUUGCUCGUUGUAAAUACGUCCCCACUAUACUAUCUGAGAGCCCGGCACAGGCUAGAGUAGCUGGAACUUUACGAGCUAAAACGGAACGAAAAAUUUGGAUCACAUAUUCGGGUCUUCCCUUCCCGCCAAGGGACGUUACUGGUAAGAACGUUUUGAUUCAUUUUGCUGAAAAGAAUUAUCAAAUAUCAUUAUAUAAUGUUUUUUAAUUCUUGCAACUGUAAACGGGUUAAUAGCUGUAUAAAAUCAGGCUCUACAAGUGAGACACGUUCACACUAGACUAAAGGAUUCUGCGGGACAGACAUUUAUACCCUGUUUUAGAUGGUUUUAGAUUGUUUGCGAGUGGUUGUAGAUGGUUUGAGGUGGUUUUAGGUCGUUCCAUGUUUUAGUAACUACGAAUUCACGUUUGCCGUUUGGCGUAAACGUGAAUCUUAAUCUCUCUUAUGAAUAUUAGUAAAAUCCAACUAGUGGUCUAUUAUCAAAGCUGCGUUCUGAUUGGUUUAGCUUCUACUAGGCUAUAUGUUAUAGCCCACUAGUAGCGAAAAGCGCCGGCUUUGAAAGCCAAAACAGUGGCGGCUGAAUCGCGUUUUGCUAGCUAAAGUUGUUUUGUCUCGAUAUUUUCGACCAACUAGUUGGAUUUUACUAAAACAAUUAUUCUUCUUGCCUUCAUGGCCUCUCAGUCAAUAGCCCUGUUUACUGACUGUUGACUCAGAGCCCGUUCGGGCUCGAGGAAUAAUUGUUAAUUAAUUAUCAACACUGCAACUGACACAACAAAUGGUGGGUGGAAAAAAAUGUGCUUUCAAAAUAACAUACACUAUAUUUAUUAGUGUGCAAAAUAAAACUUUGUUCUUUCACCAAUUUUAUAGAAUGUUCACAGUCCCCCCAGUAUUUUUCCGUGAGAUCGUCGAGAUAUAGCGCUUCUUACCGUUAAUGGCGGCCAUCUUGAAUUUCAAAUGUUUUUUUGGGGGGGGCGGGCGUGGGCGUUGGGGAUUAUAGCUCUAGGGGAAGGGGGGCUGUUCAUGUUGGCCGAUAUAAUAUGGAAUAACGUCCUUUUAACCGUAUUUUAAUCACUGUUUCGAAAGGAGAUGUUUGUAAGCACGCAAAGUCGAUGCUAAAUGUGUCUGGCAUGUUUUUCAUCGCAAGCGGAGUUUGUUAAUUCAUGAAUAGUAAAAGGGGUGAAAUUCCUGUCAUGCCCCCUGAACGCGAGUCGCAGGGAUGUUGGUACAGUCCCUUUAUUUUCCUCGCCUCCUCCAAAACCGUUUCACCCCCCACCCCCAAGUAGAUUUGACACUUAUCUAAGAUGGUCGCCCUUAACGCAGAGUCUUUGAUCUGGACGGUCUUACGGAAAAAUAGGGGACUGUGAACAGUCUACUAAUUUUAUCAGCCAAAAGUUAUAAAGUGACUCAGCGGUAAUAUUUAAUAUUUCCAAGCGUUGUACUCAAGACUUGCCAGUUGUAAAUACGCAAGGCUCGAUUACUGGAUUUUUGGCUCAUACUUGGCGUAAAAAAGCUGUGAAACUAACCAGUGAGGUACAACAAUUAAUACAAAGAAGUCACUGAGAAGUCAUCACAAUAGAGGCAAGGAAAAUAAUAGCUAGAAAACAAAGACAGGUUAAAACACGUAGGAUGACGCGGAUUUUUGUUUACCUACCAUUCGGCCAUUCCAGAAAAUGUUUUUUCACAGACUACUUUUUCACUGUACUUGUUGACUUUGGGGUGCCAUUUUCGAUUAACUUCCUCUUCUUCCGCAUUUUUAGUCUUCCGAAAAACUCGGGAACAAGACGCCAUCUCUUCGGUUUAGUGUCGUUUGUAGACUGGAAAAUUUCUAAAUAUGUGUGAGAUGUGAUUGUCUUGCAUAAUAAUUAUUUCAUACGUAAUGUUUUUCCCGUAUGCUAAUUUCCAACGUUCACAAAAGCGUCAUUGUUAUUAACUCCAUUGAGACACGCUUUUCCAGAAAUGUUUUUGAAGUCAUUUAAGUAAUGAUCCGGGUAAUGUGGAUAGCAAUUUCUUUUGUUAUGGGGCAACGGUGCUUUCCCCACAUAGGAAUGUUCUCAUUUUUACCCAGGGAAUGCAUAAACCUACAUGAAGGCCGUUCAUGCAGUAAAAAGCAUUUACACUCCACUCUGAAAGGGUGUUUUUUUGGGUUAAAAGAUUUUGACCAAUCACAAGAGUUGAAAACAAUAGCCAAGAAAAGUUUACAAUUUUACAUGUUCCCCACGUAGGAUUUCUUUGUUAUUCAAACUGAGACCAGAUUUUGUUAUAUGGAAGAUGGUUGGAAAGUAAGGAUGAAUAUAUGUACUGCUUUAUGAAGUUUUGUUAACUUUUGCUGUUUAAGCCAAUCAGAAGUAAGUACAGACAAUAGAAAAGUUAGCACCUUUUUUGCAUUCCAACAUGUUCGUUGCCGUUGUUGCUAUCGUUCUUAUCUGGACCGUCUCUUAAUAAACUCCCAGCACGUGUUUUAUCGGAUUUAAAAUCCCGAGCCGAUACUGCUGCUCCUUUAUCAGGGCCUGUUUACGUGGAGUUGGCGGACCCUAUAUAGGUGAGGUAACAUGUGGCGGGUCACCUCACCUAUCACGUGAACAUGAUCAUAUUAAAAUGAGAGAUCAUAUGGACAGGCGGGUUACCCCACCUAAGCGGGUUAUUUAAUUACCUCACCUACCUGGGGUCCCCCACCUCCAUGUAAACAGGCCCUAAAACAUUAUGUAAAAUGAUGAAUUAUAUCAAAAGCUGCAUUAGUGAUGGUAUUCUUAAACUUUGAAAGAUAUUCUUGCCUGACUUCCAGUUUUUAUUGAGUUCUAUAUGUUUGCUGUUUUGCAGAUUCUUUGUCUAGUGUAAUUUUUUAACUUUGGUAGACUUCUGAAUGUAGACUACUUCUUAGGUUGUUGCCUGUGAAUGUGUGAAAUUUAAAAAUCAGGAAUUUAUUCUGUCUCAGGGACAUGGCAGUUCAUAGACUCGUGAAGCAGAGCGAGUGACUGACAGCCUUCCUGCACAGCUGUUAUUUGUGGCAAGACACAAAACAGCUCCACUGGAGACUAGAUUCUUCGCUAAAGUGUCUAUGUUUCAGACCGUACCAACAAUGAUUACCGUUAAUAGAUACAGUGUAACCCCGUUAAAACGGUCACCAAUGGGCCAAUGGCCGCAUUAACGAGGGUUUUUUUUUUUACAAGAAAAUGUAUGACGGUUUUCGCCAGGCGGGCAGGCGGUCUUCAGACCUGGCCUUUAGGCAGAAUUAUGUUAUCAUUACUUAUUACUUAGAUUAGAGCGCAAACAAAAAAAUUCUUCAAAUACAUUUCGAAUUCGCAUAUUUCUCUUUCUUUCUCACUCAUUUGGAAUUGAAACGAUAAAUACGUUCAUACACUCCCGUAGUUCCCUCAAAAACCACACCCGAUUCGAGACCAAAAUGGGCAAAGUGUAUGAUUACCCGUUUUCAGACCAAAACGGCGCAAAAACCCUACGUGAUGGGGCAGCACGUACCUAUAUAGCGUAUACGAGAGACUACCCCUCAGGAUGUAAAAGAACACAAUUUUAAUUUUAUCGUUAACAAUGACUGCUCUAUUAGGACCCAAGUGCUGUUUAAUUAUUCAAAUUUUAGUUCGUUGACUUGUAAGCCUUUUCUAGCAUCCUUGACGCUAUUUUAGAGAGAUCUGCUACAGACCUUACCUAGUGUAUUGCUGUCCUGACCUAAGGAAUCUGGAUGGACAGUUAGUGAGUCAUCAAGAAAGGUCAGUUUAAUAACUUUCUACUAAAAGCGGCUUAAUUAACUUUCCUCAAACCAGUUACAUUGAUUAUAUUUAAAAAUAAAAACGAUAUUCAUGUUCUAGUGCGCAGGGAAAAGGAGUAAACACAGGUGAUUAGUUUGUCGGUGAAAUAUUGGGCGAGGAAUACACCAUUAUGAUGAAUGAAGCUGGUUUAUGUAAUGUGCUUAUGUAAUGUAAUGUGUUUUGAGUGUAGUGGUUCGAGUGUCGAGAUGAAAAAUCGCUCAUUUGAUCUUUCCAAAGGUGAAACAGUAUAGUUUUGAGAUUUUUUUAUACUGCAAAGUGUUCACGUUGUUUCCGAGCAUGUCUCAACCAUUUCUCGCUAAUAAAUUAUUGUAAGUAUGUGGAAGCCUCCAUUGAUCUGUAAUGCGCGCCAUCAUUUUUCAUCUUUUCUUUUUAGAACACUUGCAAGAUUACUGAACCAAGCAUUUCACCAAAUUAGACAUCCUUCACUUGGACAACACCUUCAGCUCGUGUCCAUAUUGCACCACAUUUGCAACGAACCCAUUGAUUCUACCAAGGUAAACCAGAUAUUGAAAUGAAGUACGGUUAAACGUUAUGCCCACAUACCAAAGGGAUGGAGCCAAAUAGCCUCAUUAAAGAGGUGUUCUUGUUAUAGAACGCAUUGUAGGGAUUGUAUGUCUUUGCUACAGUGUUUUGGACCAGUAGAUCUGCUCUGUAACAGAGAGGUGUCUGCAACUUAGUAGGUUUUAAAUAGUGAAAAGCAAUCGGAAAAAUAAGGGAAAUAAAAAAGUGAUAAUAAUUAAUUAAUGUGUCAAAAAAUUAAUCACUCAAAAAUUUUGAUUGAAUUCGUGAAAAGAUCAAGCCUAUUAUUUCAGUCCACUUUUUUAACUUAUUGAAUAUGCUCUUUUGUUGAAUAUUUGGAUUCACAUCAUUUUAUAUCAUUUUGACACCUAAUAUAAAGCCAAUUAAUUCAACAUGUGCAAAGAAGAUCUUGUUCUUGGUCAACGAAUGGACUUACGAGACGUAAGCGAACUGACCUAACACGUCAGCGAAACGACCGUAAACCAUCACACUUGUGUUAAUUUGAAAUAGACUCGACUCCUAUGGGGAAUAAUUUUUAUUUGGAUUUUUUUGUCCUUUAUUGAAACUCCCCACGGUGACUCAAUACGGUAACAGGGGAUGAAGCAGGAAUAAAGUCCGAAUUGAUAUCAACCCCUUCAUCACCCCGUUAUCCCAUGAAAGGGUGUACCACACCACCAGCGUCUACGCCCCCUUCCCUUUACGCACAGCAGUGUGGGUUCUUUUUCGUGUACGACCCACAAGAGUCAGAACUGUGAAAGAGCUGUGAGACGGAGCCUACGGUUUUUCGUCCUUAUCUUGGAAGACUAGAAUGUCUAUCCAUUUGUAGAUGUCACAACAAAGGCAGCACAUUCUCCUCAGUUAUUUUAAUACCCUGGGUGUUUGUCCGGCCGGGGUUUGAACCCAGGACAUCCCGCUCGGCAGACCGGCGCUUAUCCAAUUAAGCUAACCGGCCGCCAGUGUCAGUGACUGAACAAUCAUCUUUCUCAGAUAUCUCCAGUACCAGCAAAUGAUGACCUGGGUAAGUACCGUGACUGUGGAUUCAUUUUUACCGUUAUAAUCUGCCUUUUCCCGUGAAUCAGAGGAUGAGUAAGUCAGACUGGCCUUGGCUUUUGUUUUAGAUGGCGAAAACCUGUUGGAAUCUGAAAGCUUCUAUAUUCCACUACCACUGUCAGAUUUGGAGCAGUCGCAGCAAACGCAGUCAGGUGGGUUUUCUAGUACAGACAUCAACGAUAUUGCCAGUUGGAAGAUUCAGAUUAGAACACAAACUGUGAAGACAGGGUGAAAAUUUGGUGAACAACGGAGGGUAUAAAUUGCAGGUAGCAGGUCAGAAUUUGUAUAGGUAAUAGCAUGAUUUGUAGUGAUAUUUGGCAUAAAUACCACAAGUGAUAUUUCAAAAUUGUUAUACGUAAUUUCACGAGCCGUCAGGCGAGUGAAAUUUGAGACAAUUUUGAAAUAUCACGAGUGGUAUUUAUGCCGAAUAUUAUGUACAAAUCAUGCUAUUAUUUGUUUAUACUACUACCUGCAAAAGGUUUGUAAUUUUCACAUGUAGGUAUUUCAAAUUAAGUUGAAAUACCACUGCUCUAAGCCAAUCAAAUUGCAGAAAUUUCUAAUGUAGUAGUAUAAGUUAUGUAACCUGCAACCUGCACUUUACACCCUCCGGGUGAACAAAGCUUUUGGAGGGAGAAUCUGUCGUUUCAAAAAAUGGCUUUACCUUUUUUCAAAAAUCUGAAGUAUUGCAAAGGGGAUACCACCAUUCAAGAUAUAAAGCGGAAUAACAUUCAUUACUGUCUACAAUACUCAAAUAAAGCUGUUUCGAAUUAACCACCGAUUAGCGGCUGAUUGUUUAUUAUAAUAAUUUCGUUUGGUAACGCGUUCCAGUCAUUUAAAGUUCUACAAGAAUAACUAUGUUUAUAUGAGAAUUAUUCUAUUACAAUGUUCUGUACUCAUAAUUAUGGUCUUUCUUUUGACCCAAGAUGAUCCAAUUAUGACAGAAGAAGAAGCUGUCCGCCUUUUGAGUCUGGCAGCAACCAUUAUCCAAGCUCAUGUUCGUGGUUAUCUAGUUAGAAAAAAGUUCAACUUCUGUCAGUUUCGACGCCGAAAACAUGCAGCAGCCUGUAUACAAGCAGCUUGGUAAGAAAAUUUUGGACUCCUUGUGCACUUCUGUUAUCGCGUUUGUCUUCCUUAAAUACAGCCUUGUUCUCCCUGCCCUUUGCUCAGUACUAGUACAAAAUGUACACAAAACAGGGCCCGAAAAAACUCCCGUCCAGUAGUCUGGGACGAGUAGAUUUUAAAGCACACUUGCCCAAUAGGCAGGGUGCAAGCAAUUCAUCCAUUAACAAAAUCAGUAACUAAGACGAGCAGGAAGUGGCCCCGGGCAAGAAAGUUUGUCAGAGCUGCUUGUCCAAAGGACAAGCUUGAAUUGCACAUUUUUUGCAAGUUAUUCACAGCCCUCAUUUUGCGUCGGAACGACAAUAUUCGCUUCUCUUAGAAACUUCCAAAAGACUAAUUUCAUACCCACUGUACUAGUCAUCUAAAAUAAUGCAGAAUAUAUGAAAGUCAUUUAUUAGAACUGUGGGAUAAAGAAUUAAUCGAAAGAUGAUCAUCGCAGGAGUAGCAGCAACUUUUGCAGUGAAAAAAAAAAAGCCCGAAUCGAAUUCGGGCUUGUACGGGAUUGGACUGCUUUACCUCUGUGAUGCCGAUUCAGCCUUCUACCAAUUGAACUAACAAGCCAGCUGGGGACUAGUCAUUAAGUUGAUUCGUUAUAAACACGUGAAAGGAUGACGAUAUGAAAAUCAUAUAUUAGAACCUUGGGAUGGAGAAGUAAACGCUCAGAAGAAUGAUUAUUGCAGCAUUAGACGUGACUAGAUGACCAGCUCUCAGUUGUCUUGUAAGCUCAACUGAUAUAGCCGGCGGACUGCAGAAGGUGCGUUUUACUACUGCGAUGAACUUCUUUACCUUUUAUUUCUCAUCCCUAGGUUCGUUUAUAACAAGCCAACUUAAUGACCAGCUCUCAGCUGGCUCGUUAGCUCAAGUGGUAGAGCGCUGUACCGGAAUCGCAGAAUUCAAGGUUUUAAAUUCCCUACCAGCCUGAACUUUUUUAGGCUUUCCUUGCGCGCCGCUGAAGUUGCGUCUAUCACUGAUGAUCGUGUUUACGUGGAACACUAUUUUUUUCUUACUCUGCCUCUUUUACACCUUAUUAGGAGGGGUUGCUGUGCUCGAACAAAAGACAUCAAAGUUGUGAACAUUCGAAAUGAAUUGCGAGUCAGAAGGCUGAUCUCAGUCAUAAACAACCUGUACAGCAAAAUGGACAGGUACGAAGGUUAAAGAGCUAAUCAUAGGUGUAACUAAAUUUAAUCUGAUAACCAAAUCAACAGCCCUGAUUCCAGGAUCAAUAGGCCAUUUGCAGCCAUUCACUCACGUGGCCAUGGUACAAAACCGCCAUGCUGGAGAGAAAAUGAUGUAUUGGGAAAAGACAAUCAAAGAGCUCACAUCAUUUAAAAUUUAAGUCACUCGCUCUCCAGCUUGGCGGUUUUGUCCCACGUGAAUGAAUCGCUGCUCAUGAAUCGAUUCUGCUGUCGAUUAAUUGAUAACAGUCGGAACUUAGUGUCGUUGUAAUCAUACUCGUCAUUAAACAAGUCAGACUCCUGCGGUUUUGUUCAGUCACAUGUACAUUGUACCAUUUCAGGCCAAACUGGACUCCACUCAGUCCUGUUAUUUUUUGGACACGAUUGGUGCGAUUGAGUCCAUUUAGCCUUCAAAGGAGAUCGCUUCAAUCGUCCUGAUCGUUCCUUGUUGCGUCAUAAUCUUAACGCAGGCUCUAUAUAGACAUCGUUUCUUUCCAGGCGAUUGCGAGUCCAUCGUCCGGAUCGUCCAUCAUUGCCCUCCUGUUCAUUGGUCAGUAUUUUAUACUAAAAAAAAGUGGACUUAGUUGUUAACGUUUGACUAAGGACACUUCCUAAAAUAUAGGAAUAUACUCCAGAAGUGAAGAGCAUUUUCUUUUUUGUAGACAACACGAGGAAGCCAUCAAAAGCAGAGAACAGUUGAAGACAGCCAUUUAUUACCUUUGGUGUCAGGUAAGUUACUGAAUUAAUAGGCUGAUUUAGCAACAGAACGGGAACAUCUGUUGACGACUGCGCGCGCAAAUCAAACAACUGGCUUGACCAAUGGCAGAGCGGCAAAUUGGCUACCGGAAGUCGAGUUUAGUCCUUUCCGCCCGCUUUCCCGUCGUCGAAUGACGGUCCCGUUCUGUUGCUAAAUCAGCCUAAUCUAAUGGUGGUGUACUCCUGAUGAAAAGAAAUCACAUUGACAUUGUUAGGACUAAGGCUGUGUUUAUACUAUUGAGUGUUUUCACUCACGUGGCCAGCAUCUAUGCAAAUUUAUUGGAACAAAAGAAAGCUUUUGCAUAAGAAAAGAGUUCAACUCCCGGAGGACUGGUUUGGGACACCAACAUGGCCGCCGUUUCAUUGUUUUGGGACACCAACAUGGCCGCCGUGACGUCAUGUGAAAACACUCUAUACCCGAUAGCUUCUCGUGCCGACACAACACGCUAUCCGUUAUAGUCUGAAUAUAGCCAAAGUCCCCGGCGGUAUCAAGAACUCGGUCGGUGUCCUAAAGUCAGUAAGGAGGAAAGUGUUACCUUUGCUUUGCAAACGGAUGGAUCAGGCUUGGAUGACCACUAAGAUAUGAGGGCCUCGUGUGCAGAAGGAGACGUAAAAACAGCCAGUCUUGCCGAUGAUUUAAUGAAUUAUUUUUCAGUUUCUGCAUCCUACUGCUUUCAUUCUAAGUCGAAGGCCACGUUGGCCCAUCAGAGGGAGCGCGCGCUAAUCUCAGAGUUGGGUGGGGGCCUGCAUAUUUCACGUCGCGGGGCUAAUUUAAUCAUUUACGGUGCAACGUGUCAUUAGUUAACCUGUCUCAUCAGCAGUUGGCCAUCAGUUGUAGAAUCAAAUUGAAAAUCACCCUGAGAUAAAUACACCAAAUCUCGAAAUGAUAAGCCUUUCAGUGGUUUAUUUUUCUAGAUAACGAGAUUGUUUCCUAAAUCAAAUGUUUACUUUUCCACUUUUACAUUCUUCGUAGGUCUCAGAACAGAAAAAAGAUCAAAUGCUUCACCUUCACAAGAAACAAGUUAAGGCAGCAAUCACAAUUCAGUCUUCGUGGUGAGUAUGUGCAGACUGUAUUACAGUUGUGGGCUUACUAUCUUAGCCUUUGAGUGAACGUGAGGUUGAGGUUGACCUUGUUUUGAUACAAACCUCUUUUCUUUUCUUAUGGAAAUUAUGCUUAAAAGAUACAAGUUAGCAUAAGAACAACAUGAUUUACAUAAUAAAGCAGAAAGCAUUGUAUCAAAACAACUCUAGCCUCGUUUCCAUCUGCAACUGUAAAAAGGCUAUUAAGAGUUGUAUUGGGAUGCUAAAGCUGUUUGUUGUGUCCAAUUGCAUUUUGGGACUGUUUUGGUGACGUUAUUUCUUCUUUUAUUGGCUAUUACCAAGUUUCACUGGAGACUGGGUCAAAAUCCAUUGGUCCGUCUCUUAAAACAACCCCAAAGUGCAAUCUGAAUGAAAACGUACUCGGUCUCUCGCGCAACCUUAAUAAGGCCUCUGAAGACUGGGUCCAAAACCCGUCGGCCCGUCUCUUCAAACAGUCCCACCCAUAGUGCAAUCUGACACAGAUCACCCCUUAUCACGUCGUAGUUACGCAGGGACGGCUAAGAAAUUUGCAAAAAAGCGUGACUCACGUGCAGAGUGGUUGUUUCGCAAAUUAAGCUUAUUGCUUUUUCUUCGAAGUUCUCGUUAACGUCGCCUUGAGGAACUGUUCGCAGUCUCGUUUACUAACGUCUUUGUCGGGGAUGUAUAUUGCUUAUAUUGUGUUGGGAUGAGAUUAUUUGACACUGAUUAACUUUUAUUUCUUUUUUGGAAUUUCAGGAGGGGAUUUAUGGCCAGAAAGGUAGUUAACGAAAGCAGUAAUUAAUCCAAAGAAAGAUUACAAUGGAACUUCCCGUAAGUGACCACCCAAAAUGCAAAGACUGAGUGGUCGCUUACGGGAGGUGGUAGCUUACAAGAAUCGAACUAGAGAUGGUCUCUUCCGAGAAGAGGUCCAGACACAUCCCUUUUAUGGAAGAUAAUUUCUUGCAUGCAAUGUCUAAGUUACGCCAUGUGUAGUUCCAUGUUGUCAUUCGAGUUCUUCGCACCAGUUCCCCGUUCGUUAAGAACAUGGCCAAUUCUUUAUUACAAAACGAGAAAGGAAGAAGUGAAUGUUGGCCUUAAAAAAAGAAUAGGAAGUUCUUAUUUUUUUUCUUUUAUCUUGACAUCAAAGAAGGUUAAGAGUCAAUGAAAACACAUCAACUUGUUUGCUUUCUCAUCUUUACAGGCUUUCCCCAAUAUUCAUAAGAGGAGGAGUGAUAAAAUGGCUACACUCUUUGCGUUGUGUCACAAGCUACAGACGCAGGUAAUAGAAAGUGUAAAGUUUAAAAAUGGAAACUAGAAAUAACCAAAGAUUACGGAGUGUGGGCGACAACGAUCGAAGGUCAAAACGCUUUUGUUCCAGCUCUGUGCUUUGUGUAAGUUUCACGUUACAGAUAAUCAAAACAUAAGGAGUGAUGGAAGGUGCCGUUUUUUAACGCGCGUGAUCGUUUGCGUUCUGUGCAUUCCAUACAUUCUUAGUGGAAGUACAAACGAAUGCUGGCUACAUACAUGCGACGCAUGCGUAAUAACAACGAGUAGUUUAGGAUUGCGGGCUCCUCUUGGCCCACAAUAAGGUGUUUAAGAGGCUAUGUCACGUUCUCCGCUGUCUUUUUAAAAAGCUUGAACUUUUUUCGUGUCAGUUGGAUUUCAAAAAUAAUGGUCGAGUUUAAAUUAUUUAAGACUAUUUAUUAGCAUUGAAACUGUUUCCGGUUGUCUGUUACAACGGAUGGCAAUGAUGGACAUGGAUUGAAACUUGAAAAAAGUUGGGUCAACAUUUUUAAGUCUUAAUGCCAUGCCUGCAAAAAUCACCAAAGAAAGUUAUUGUCCGUAUUAACGGUAUUUGACUGUGCCAAAAAAUCGUGACAUUGCUCCUGUAAAGGCGAUAACAUAGAACAAAAAGGUACACUCUUAUUUGGUAAAAAGAAACUGUUAACCUGUCCCUCUUGUACCUGCUCUUGAUUAGAAAUGUAUUUUUCCGAACGUUUUUGUCUAGUCAAAGAUAACAAAAUCUCUGAUAAGCUUAGCUCUCCACGAAUCACUAAAUCGCACUUUAGCAGGCACCUGAAAACUGUCACUUGUGGGAAAAUACUUUAUAAACAUGCGAUCGGGGACUUGGACGUGUUUCUGAUGGCUUUUUAGAUGUCAAAGACUAUUUGUCAUUCAUUCUUUCUUACAGCUCAAUAUGGUCACAUCACAGAUCACAGAUCAAGAAAAUCACGACCAAUCAAGGUUACUUCUGACCUUCUUUCUUCUAUUGUUAGGUGACCAUUGAUUGGCUAAAUGAAUCAAUCGGGCCUUUGGUUUUACCCGACCAAUAAUCGAAAAAGGUUGGCUAAAUAAAUCUCGCGCCUUUUACUCGACCAAUCGAAGGUUAAGGCAACUUCAUUGGUGACCAUUGAUUGUCUAAAUGAAUCUCGCGCCUUCUACCCGACCAAUCGAAGGUUAAGGCAACUUCAUUGGUGACCAUUGAUUGGCUAAAUAAAUCUCGCACCUUUUACUCGACCAAACAAAGGUUAAAGGAACGCCAUUCGUGACGUCGCAAGCUUUUUUCCGCGCUUCUCGUUGGCUUCACUAAGAGAUUUACAUUCAAACCUUUUGUCGUCUGGCGGAUGUGUAAAGGUCGUCCUAACUCACCAUCCAACUUUUGCAACAUCAGCAACGAGUAGUUUCAUAUGCAAAACCAUAAAUUCAUUUAUUAUUCAUUCAAAAUAUUUCUUCUUUUCUGAUUGGCUCAAACGCCGCGGCUCAUUCUUCAUAACCAGCUAGCGUUGACCAAAUUUGCGAUAAAUGGAAAACGACGUCGAUAGUAGAGCAUAAAUGCCAGAAAAAUGGACCGCAACCAAGAAGCCCUGGGGACGAGGUGGGGCUGUUUUGGUAGGGCAAGGCAAAAUGGCGAAACAUUUAACACAUUUCGCGAAGAAAAAAAUGGCCGAACUUUUGCCUUAAAAUAUAGCAAUAACGACAUAAAUAUAACUUGAAGGUUGACAUCUGGUGUUUGAAGAAUACUUGCUGGGCUAAACACCCCCCGAGGGAACUCCCCUACAAAAGUGCCAAGGGUGCUCGUCGUACCUUUUAGGGGUUUAGAUUUGUGGUUUGGAACCGGGUAGGGUGGUAAAACCUAAAAUGACUGCUGCCAGAGCUGAUACGCUUUAUUAGGAUAAAGAUAUAUGAUAAUACUUUAGGAGAAAGUGUUCGAAAGUUAUCUUUAUUACUUUUAAAAUUUGCAGUGCCGGUUAUAAAAUUUGUUGUCGCUGAAUUGGUACCUCUUAAGGGUGGAAAUGAAUUUGAGACACGCCCAUAAAACAAGAUUCUGGUACCUUUUAGGGGUGCCCUCGAAAUUUUCCGACGAGCACCCCCGUCACUUUUGUAGGGAGUACCCCCCCGGGAAACAUCCCUGUGUAUCCUGAACUUGUCGGGAAAAAGGCAAAUGGAGACCGGAACUUAACGUUGAUCGACGUAAGCGUGUUUUAGCUUGUUUUAAACUAGGAAUUAUUUUGAAUAAAUAAUAGCGCAAUUAUUGAAUUCAGCUAUCGUAUGAUCUGAAGAAUUGGGCAGAUCUCCGAGGGUAUUAUCUGCCAAAGCCGAAUGGUAUUGUAAAAGAAUAAAAAAUUUACCAAAGCAAAGGAAAUGAUAUGAUUAAGGCAAUAUUUGAUUAACAACAAAAAGUCAAAGUUUAUUCACUCGUGUCAGCAAUUUGCUGCGUAAGUCGAAGCAAGAUAAGAUAUAUUUCAUCAAUUUGAAUUAAAGGUAGAUAAGAAAAUUACACGAUUUCAAUAAUUUCUUAUUUCUGUGGAUUUUUAAGUCUGUGGACCAAUCCUCUGUUGUACCCGUUCAAGUGACGGCAACAUUUUUGGGUCGUACCGUAAAUCUUCUCUGUUAAAAUUAAACGAAAUUAUUAUUGUUUUUUAAAAUUUCCUACUGUAUUUAGGAAGUGAAGAAGAUAUUAGAAGGCUGACAAAAAAACGUUUGGUCUUUCGCAGGUGAAAAACAAAACAAGGAAACCCAAAUGUUCUCGGAUCGGGAAGAACCGUCGGCAGAUACGAUUACAACUUUAACUGGCAAAGUGAAUAGUACUGGUAUUUCCACUGUUCCUCGGUUGGAUACAGAAGAAGACACAGACUCUGAAGACGACGUAUUGGAGACAUCAUCAACUGCUCCAGUAAACCAAGGAAAUUGUAAUAUCCCGUUGUCCAGUCUUCAUGUGAAUGACAUGAAGGUGAAAGAACCUUUCUCUUCAAGUCUUGAAUUCGAAGAGGACACUAAAGCAAUGGAGACUUUAUCGCAGUUUGAUGAUGCAGAGGGUCGUGUGAGUGGUGAUGUUGUAUUGCCUUUUGGACCUGUGGUUGCCGAAAUAAGCGAAGUGGCCCCUUCUGUGUCCAACGUGGAAUUUCGCCAAAAUGAAAUGACUCUUCCUUCAUCUAUCCACCAGGAGGAACCCGAUGACUUUGCAGAUGGUGAAAUAAUUGAACUCAAAGUAAAUGUGACUUUGUGCGAGGGCUCUUGUUAUAACACUGAGCACACUCUCCACGAGGCACACGAACAGGAAGCUGACAUGGAAGGACACUUGAGUGUUGGUAUUCCAGAGAUAGUUGUUAGCAGUCCUGUUCCAACUGAUGAUGAAAGUAGUAAUGAGGGGUCGGUUAAUGACGUGGGUGAGGGCAGUGUACAAAUGGAAUCCAAACAACAGAGUAUGGAGAAGCAAGCCUUUGUCGAAGGUACGUCUGAAGAUAAUCAAGCGUCAUCGACGACACAGGUGGUGGAUAAUGACAAAUAUGAUAAAUGUACGACCACCAAUCAAACUGACGGAGAGCAAAUGGGUAGGAAAUCUCUAAAUGAUGUUGAGGAAAUUCGCCUGCCAUUCAGAAGUACAGCAAAUGUAGUUGCUUUAAAGCAAGCGAGCGGUGGAGAAUAUGGCACAGAAAUUGCCGGCGAAUCAAAUCGUGACAUAUCCCAGGAAAGUGCGCUGAAUUUGGGCGAAAGAGCCAGCAGCUUAUUAUCGCAGCUGAGGUCUGAAAUUGCCAGUAUGAAAUCUGCUCGCUUGAGUGGCCUCGUGCUUAACAUAGCGUCAGAUGUUGAAGCUGAAGUCAUGGAAGAGGAAGAUGUUCAAGAACAGGCUAAAAGUCCAGUAAAGCAUGAUAACAUAGCUACAGCCAGUUCAGAAUCACAAGAAACUAACCUCGCGGAGAUAACACCACACGGUCGUCUCUCAUCAGAAGACUGUGAGACGGCUCAGUUUGGGUCACAAGUGUGUGACACAAGUCAGACCGCACCACAAGAUGUUGCCUUACCUGGACCAGCAUUUCAAGUUCAGGAGCGUGACAUAUCCCAUGUGGACUCGAAAGGGUGUUACGCUGUACAGUCACCUUUACAUGGUCAUGACGAAAGUGUACCACCAUCAAAUGGGCGUGACUCAUCGCCACCAGGACCAGUGUCAACCGUAUCAUAUCGACUACCUCUGUUUGAAGACGUGGACAGCGCAUCCACGUCGCUUUCGUUGGAUGAACUUAUUUCAGACCCCACCAUUGAAGGAACUGUGAACCUUCCUUUUGACACUGCUUGUUAUGAACGGUCGCAAUCUGAAUGA